GUGCUUCCGACAACUGGCGGCGGGACCGGAGUCCUGACGACUACGGUGGCUCCAGGCGGGAUGAACGGCGGGAUGACCGGUGGGACGACCGGCGGGACGCCGGCCGACGUGACGACCGCCGGGACGACCGGCGGGAUGACCGCCGGGACGACUACCGGGAUGACCGCCGUCCCGAAAGGCGAGAGGAGAAGAAGCCUGAACCGAGUCGGCCGAAGGCACAAAUCUCCGCUGCCGGCAACAACGAGGGAGCCUUUGUUCCGAGACUU